AUGGACUUGGGCUCCGACUCCCAUGGUCAGCCUGGGAGUAAUGGCAACGAGACCACCUCACAAGCUCAUCUGGAUCAACUUGGAUGGGAGGAAAAUACCACAAAAUAUGCGGCAGAAAGUGAUGAUAUAGUCGAAAUGCGGAGGCGGAUCCACGCGAUUUGGAAAUUAGACGUUUCAAGCCAGGAAAAAGCCCGGUUGAUGCAUGAAAUCAUGACAGAAGGGUAUUAUUCCGCGGUCAAGUCCCGCUCUCCUCCACCCACACCCCAAGGACACGAUGCCCCUUGUACUCCAGAAUCAUCAAGAAAGCAACGAGUGUUAGGCAAUCUUUCGUCUAGUUCAGAGCCGGACAGUGGUAUAUCCGGAAGCCCGUAUUACCUAUCGCAGGAAGACUUGGAACGAACAUACUUUUGCAGAUUCAAUGCUUUACGUGUAAGAAAUGGUACCCUUGCCGGUUCUGUCAUAACGAGAGCGAAUCUCAUACCCUUGAUCGAAAGAAAACAGAAAACAUGCUUUGCAUGCUAUGUUAUUCUCCACAGCCUGCAGGCCAAUGGUGCAAUUCCUGUGGCGCCCAAUCAGCCUUUUAUUAUUGCUCUAUAUGUAAACUCUGGGAUGAUGAUGCUGAAAAAAGCAUAUACCAUUGCGGUGAUUGUGGCAUUUGUCGCCUUGGUCAGGGACUUGGAAAAGAUUUUUUCCACUGCCAGGUAA